CAUUACAACGAUACGCUCAAGACUGAUUUUUCCAAAUUUGAUGAUGGAUGGAAUGUCAGAACAUCGCUGCAAGAACUCGGCACACCGGAGCAUGAACGGUUCACAAAUUUCAUUCUCCCCAAGCUGCCCCGCGAACUCAGCUUUAAUGAAACUUUCAAAGCACUGUCCCAGAUAUUCGGCUAUCAAACAUCACUGUUCAGUAUCCACUACCAAUGCCUAAAGUUGUUCAAGAAAGAUGAUGAUGACUUCAUCACUUUCGCAAAUGUCGUCAAUCGGGAAUGCGAGCGCUUCAAGCUCAGCUCAAUGACGGAGAAUCAGUUCAAGUGCCUCAUUUGUGUAUCCGGUCUCCAGUCAUCCCAGGAUGCUGACAUCAAAGCCCGGCUGCUUAGCAAAAUUAAACGGGAUGCCGAAAUGACGUUGCGGAAGCUCAUCACUGAAUGCCAGCGUCUCAUCAACCUGAAGCAUGACACGGCUAUGAUCGGUCAGUUACCUGUGACCUCAAGCAGCUGCGUAAAGGCAAUCAACUCCAGCGCGCCCAAAAAAUUUGACAAGAAACCCAAUCAAAGACAAAUUAAACCUCCCAAAAUUUGCUGGCCUUGCGGUGUGUGGCAUUUUGCUCGUUAUUGCCGGUUAAGGCGUCACAAAUGCUCCAGGUGCAGAGGUCGUGGCCACAAAGAAGAUUCGUGUCGACCUCAAAGACUGCAGCCACCCGCACACCACCGUGCACUUCACAAAUUGCUGUGCAACUCCGUGACGGCAACAUUCAAAAUUGAUUUUGCUUGCCGAAGGAACUUCCUGACGGUUUGCGUCAACGACCAUCCAGUUCGUUUGCAACUUGCUACGGGCUCCGAUGCCAAGCUCCUCAGUGAACGAACGUGGAAACGAAUCGCACCCGGACAAACUCAUUUGCCAAAGCGUUCACUGGAGCACCUCCUACAACGUUAUGCGUCUGUAUUCACUGACGAGCUUGGACGGUGUGCGAAAGCAAGAAACAAACUGUGCCUCCUCUCCGGCGCCAAGCCAGUCUCCAGGCCAAAACAUCCAGUACCGUAUGCAGCCUUGCCUAUUGUUGACCAAGAACUGGACUCGCCUCAGAAGGCGGGUGUUCUCCAACCGACCAACUACUCUGUUUGGGCCGCAUCUAUCGUGUUGGUGAAGAAGGCUAACGUGUCCAUCCGGUUGUGCGCAGCUUUCUCCACCGGUAUCAACCCGGCGCUGGAUGCCCAUCAAUACCCUCUGCCUCUUCCAGACGAAAUGUUCGCGAAACUGAAUGGGGAAGGUACCGUGAUCGCAACAAUUGCCCUGGAACCAGAGGUUAACCACGUAGUUUCCGAAGCUGUUCGCAUCCCCUCAGUGACUGCCGACAUGGUCCGCCAGGCUACCGAUCAAGACCCUGUGCUACAGAAAGUCAUAAAGUACCAUCGCAGUCAGUGGCCGCGUAACUGCCAAAAAGACGAACUAAGGCCUUACUUCAACCGGCGUGACGCAUCAUCACUAGCCGACGGAUCCCUCUUGUUUUCAGAACGUGUGGUCAUCCCAAAGAAGUUACAACCAGCCGUCCCGAAUCAGUUCCAUAAAGGGCACCCGAAAACAAACAGGAUGAAGGCCCUUGCUCGGAGUUAUGUCUACUGGCCUUUGAUGGACUCCCAGAUCGAGCAAGUCUCGAAAUCUUGCCUGCGGUGCGCUGAAGCAUCCAAGUCACCGGUGAAAACCUACCUAAGCUCGUGGCCGCAACCGACCGAACCCUGGUCUCGUCUUCACAUCGAUUAUGCAGGUCCAGUGGGUGGCCAACACUUUUUGGUCGUGGUCGACGCUUACAGUAAGUGGCCGGAAAUCGUUCCGGUGAACAGCCACACAACUGCCAUUACAGCCCUGGAACUCCGGCGAUUGUUCAGUCGUUUUGGAACGCCAGAGACAAUUGUAUCCGACAACGGCAGUCAGUUUACGUCGUCGGCGUUCGCACACUUUUGUCGGGAGUAUGGCAUAACGCAUAUUCGCUCGCCGCCGUUUCAUCCACAGUCGAACGGCCAAGCGGAACGCUUUGUUGACACUCUCAAGCGGGCACUUCAGAAGUCCAGGGGGGAGGGACCAACGGAAGAGAUUUUGCAAAGGUUCCUGCUGGCAUAUCGAGCGACGCCAAACCCCAACUCACCUGACGGAGUAUCACCAGCAGAGGCACUGCUCCGAAGAAGGCUCCGAACACCGCAUGACACCAUCCGGCGGCAAAAAAGGCAGGCUAGUCACCGCAACACCAGAAUGGAGGAACAGUUCAACCGGCAUCAUGGAGCAACUGCAAGCUCAUUUAGCGAAGACCAGAGAGUGUUGGUUCGUGACUUCAGCGGCAGACAACCUACGUGGACUCCAGGACUCAUCCUUCGCCGGCGCGGCAAAGUGCUCUACGCGAUUCAAGUUGGUCCAGCCAAGUGGAUACGCCAAGCGAACCAAAUCCGGCCGACAGAUACGCAGAUUCUACCCACGGGACCAAGUACCGCUGUUGGGUCGCAUGUGCUUCCGCCGUUCCGGUUCCUCCAGGAGAACGCAAAUGGCUGGUUUCUGCGGCGGUCCCACAUAUUUGAACUUUACGUAUCUGAUUAUCCAGUCCUCGGGGAUGCCAAACAGUUAGCUUGCCUUGAACAACCGUCCACUCACAGAGCCUGGUUCAUACCAGAUGUCUCUGACGCGGAGAUCUCGAUAGACGGUUACUCUAUUUUUCGAGCUCACUCAAAACGAGGGGAGGCUGGCUGGGUUGGUCUGUACUUACACGCGGCCCUACCAAUCCCUAUUGUCCUCUCUGACACCACCCGUGCACCCUUUUGCGAUGCACUGUGGGUCCGAAUCCCGCUGCGCAGGUCCGACUCUCUCCUUCUCGGCGUGGUCUACCGCAGCCCUUCGAGUCGCCCUGAAGAUGACCAAUUCCUCAUACAAACCCUUGAGCAACUCUACUCUAACUACCAUUUCACUCAUCUCCUGCUGGCAUUCGCCGUUUUACGGAUGAUCCGACGUACCUUCUCCCGUAUUAUUCGCAUGGACUUCCAAAUACUCUAUGGGGCCUACGUCAGACCGCUCCUGGAGUACGCCAACCAAGUUGUCUACUCAGGACGUACGAAAGACGUUAUCCUCAUUGAGCGUGUCCAGCGGGCCGCCACGAGAAUGGUUGCCGGCCUGAAGUCCGUGGACUACGAAACGCGUCUCGCGACGCUUGAUCUCUUUCCCCUGGAGUGCCGUCGCCUCCGAGGGGACCUAAUUCUUACCUACGCCCUGUUUGAACAAAGCUUGGCAAACAGUCCGUUGGCUGCGAACCGCCAUCUUGCAUCCUCUAUGGCAGGUAACGAGGCUUACGCGAACGCCAUAGAACGGGCGAAACAGAUAGUGUCGAAGUUUUCUAUGUCUGAUGAAAGCUCUGCUGCCACUAAUGGAGGUUUGGCUGGCAUGAAAAGACCUGCUCAGGACGACAGCUCAUUCGCUAGUACUGAAAAACGUCCCCUUGUAAUGGAUAAAGUUGCUGCCGCUACGGAGGUUGCCGCGCGUCUCAAUCAGAAGCUGACAGGCGCCCAACCCACGUCCAACCCCAGUGUAUCUGCUCCCUCUAAUACGCCCCCCAACCAAUCAACUGCCCGCAUUGUUUCGACAGAAACCUCAAUCCCCGAUCGCUACGUCGGUCUUGUCAUCGGAAAAAGAGGUGAACAGAUAACGUUGCUACAAAACGAGUCUGGCUGCAAAGUACAAAUCUCUCAAGCCGGCACUCCCGAACGGACGGUCACCCUCACCGGAACUAUGCAUCAGAUAGAGCAUGCAAAACAAUUAAUUGGACAGAUAAUCGAGCGCGCUGACAAAAACGGGCCUGUCACACCUACUGUCUAUCCCAGUAGUGGGAACGUUACGACCAUUGAGAUGAUGGUUCCGGGACUCAAGGCCGGUUUGAUUAUAGGGAAAAAUGGUGAAACUAUCAAGAGUUUACAAGAGGAGAGUGGUGUUAAAAUGGUUCUGAUCCAACAGAGCAACAAUCCGACGCCCGAGGAUAAACCCCUGCGCAUUACUGGAGAUCCCGCUCGUGUGGAAAAGGCUAGACAAGCAAUUCUCGCCUUGAUAAACGCACGCGAUCGUGGUGGACAUAUGUAUGGAUAUGAUGGCCAGGAAACUACGCAGUAUGCGGUGCCCGCAGAGAAAGCAGGCCUGGUGAUUGGCAAAGGAGGCGAGUCUAUUAAAGAGAUUUGUCGCGUCAGCGGAGCGCACGUUGAGAUAUCAAAGGAGCCUCCUCCCGAUCCCACAAUAAAAAUCUUCAAUGUACGCGGUAAUCGGCAGGAAAUAGAUCAAGCAAUAAGGAUGAUCUCAGAGCGAGCUGGUAUUCCCAUGACACGGCCAGCAACGGCUGGUGCAGCAUCCGGUCCUUGGGGUCAAUAUGGCUAUCCCCAAUCAGACCCUUGGAGCAUGGGCGCAACCAACGGCGCGGCUUCUGCCUCUGGAAUGCCACCACCAACUUUCAAUCCAUACACCGGACAGCCGGAUUACAGUGCUGCAUGGGCUGAGUACUAUCGGCGUCAAGGCAUGCACGAUUACGCAGAUGCAAUAGUGCGACAGGCGCAGCAGCAACAAGCAUGCGCAGUACAGCCCGCUGCACAAGUUCCAUCUGCCACCAUGGCACCACAACAACCAGCCGCCCCUGCCGCUGCCCCUGCGAUAGUGCCAGUACAAGGACAGCCCGCUACCCCUGGGCAGCGCGGCGAACAUAUGUAUGGGUACAAUGGUCAGGAAACUACACAGUAUGCGGUACCUGCGGAUAAAGCCGGUCUAGUGAUUGGCAAGGGAGGCGAGUCGAUCAAGGAAAUCUGUCGUGUCAGUGGUGCACACGUCGAGAUAUCGAAGGAACCAUCCCCAGACCCCACAAUAAAGAUAUUCAAUGUCCGUGGCAACAGACAGGAAAUCGACCAAGCAAUGAGAAUGAUCUCGGAGCGAGCAAGCAUUUUCGGUCGUCCCACAGCAGUGGGUUCUGCCUGCGGUCCUUGGGGUCAAAGUGGUUACUCUCAACCAGAUUCUGGAGGCAUGAACAAUACCAACGGUGGGACUGGGAUGUCUGCACUGGCCUUCAACCCAUACGCCGGGCAACCAGACUACAGCGCUGCAUGGGCUGAGUAUUAUCGGCGCCAAGGCAUGCACGACUACGCGGACUCGAUAGUGCGGCAGGGGCAACAACAACAACAACAGGCUGCACAGGUCACCUCUAUUGCUAUGAUGCAACAGCAGCAUGGGGUGGCACCUUCAAUGAUCUCUGUCCAAGGACAACCUGCCACACACGAACAGUAUGAGUACAAUCAACAGUGGCAACAAUGGCAACAAAGACAGGCAUGGCAGCAACAACUAGGUGGUAGUCCAAACCAAUCCACCGGUGUUUAUGGGGCCUCCCAGCAGGUGCAAGCAGCUUCAGCUCCUGGUUACCCUUCGAUGCCUCAAUGAGCCUCCACCACUGCCUCACUGAUAUAUCCUACCAACGAUGUUGUAAACAUUUCAUGUUUUAAAUAGAUCAGGCGCAGGCUCAUACCGCCAUUUUCAUUCGAGUUUCUAUUAUGGAGAGUGUAGUCUCUGUGUGGAAACAUUCGGGUUUUGAUCGUUCUUGUUGAAAUUUUUUGGUCAUGAAAAGUUGUAAUUGUC